CUUAUAUUUUCUCUCUCUCUCUCUUUAUUGUAAUCUGAGCUUUUGUUUUUUAUUUUAACACAAAUUUCAAGCUAUCCACUUUGUAAUUUCUUGCCAUUUACUUGGGUUUUGAGAAAAAAAUCCGGGCUUUCCCUGUUCUUCUUUUAUUUAUUUUUAAAAAAACUUGUAGUCUAAUCUUAAAAAAAAAGCAAAAGUGGGAAGAGGGUGUUGCUAGUUUCAUGAUUUGGUUUGUUUUCUCAGUAUUAUUAUUAUUAUUAUUAUUUGUAAAGAUGGGAACUUUAUCAGACCCAUUAAGAAUCUGAAACUUCCUCAUUUUCUACCCAAGAAAAAAAAUGAAGGAUUUUCCUGGUACACCAGGGACUUUGACAGGGCUUCUUCUCAGGAUUUCACAAUGCGUUUUUGCAGCUGGGUCAAUUGCUUCCAUGGCCACUACUUCAAGCUUUUUCAAUUUCACUGCUUUCUGCUAUCUCAUUGCUUCAAUGGGUCUUCAAGUGAUAUGGAGCUUUGUUCUUGCACUAUUAGAUGCAUAUGCCUUGGUGAGAAAGAAGGCCUUCCAUAACCCUGUUUUGGUUAGCCUCUUUGUAGUUGGAGAUUGGGUUACAGCAACACUGUCUCUUGCAGCUGCUUCUGCCUCGGCCGGCAUCAGUGUAUUGUACUUUAGUGAUUUGGGACGAUGCAGUUUUGGAAACGAAUGCCAAAAGUACCAAAUGUCAGUUGCUUUAGCAUAUCUAAGCUGGGUCACCAUAGCAACCUCUUCUCUAAUCAUGCUUUGGCUUUUGGCUGCAGGGUAGAGCAGAAGAAGAAGCCUUUGUUUUUGUAUAGAAAAAUUGGAUUUGUUUUCACUUGUUUCUACUUGUGGCUUUCUCUCUAGUAGAAAAUGUUUAAUCAUUUUUUGUCUUUAGUCAAUAGGAAACAAUAGAAAAAGAAGCAUAUACCAUUACAAUACUCAAAUCACUUCCUCUCAAAGUGUCAAAGUUGGGAAAAUAGUAUAGAAAGAAAAGAAAAAAUGUUGGAUCAUAUUUUCAAUAGAAUGUUGGAGAAGCAUUUGCCUA